ACGUUGUGAACCCAGACGACAUGAUUGAUAUUAGUAGUAAGGCCAAAUUGUGGAAUCAGAGCUCCAAGGCCACGGCUGUGGAUAGCAAGCUUGUUAGUGAUAUCUACGAACGGAUUACAGCGCCCGACCCCGACGCCAUUCAGCUCUUGAGCAGCGCCCGCUACUUAGACAACUACCUAUGGAGGUUUUUUCACAGAGACGCCACCAAUACUCAUAUCCAGUCGAUUUCAGCUCUCAUUGCUAUCCUGGGCCGGUUGCCGAGCCGGCUAGUGGCCGAGCCCGACAAGCUACAGGAGUUUGUGCUCCGGCUGUUGAUCUUGUUUAACCAGCAGUUGUCGGUGCUCCAAAAGACUCAUCUAAUUACUACAAUGCAUACGUUGCUCAACAAUAUUGAUAGCAUGCUGAUCAGGAGGCAGAUUGCUCCUCUCUUCAGCAUCUCUAUCUGGGGAAACUUGCCCCACGCGCCCAGCUUGGUCGCCAGGUACGGCCUUGAGGAACAGUACGAAGGGCUGUUGGCCCAGCUCAACCAAGCUGAUCCGGAAAAAAAGUCUGAGAUGAUGAUUAAGCAUUCGUGGUUGUACAAUGUCUUGAGCGAGUCCAUGGUUGAGUCUGAGCCCUACUCGUCUCAUUUGCUUAUGUUUCUCACUGCCGUCUUGUCACAGCUUCCUACCAGACAGUUUACCAACACGCUCGUCAAGGAGAUGAACUAUCUUGCGCUUUUGAAAGCCAGCGACCAGACGGAUUCUGUAUUUAUCCAGCUCUUGGCAGACUUGGAACACACCAUGUACUUUCCCGUCGACGAUUUUAGCGGCGAGUCCCGAAAUACAGAUGCCUUGAAGGAGGAGUACACACAGAAGCUCCACGCCUUUCAGAAAAUGGUGUACGAGCAUUUUCCUGAGUUGCAAACGUUAGUGUUGUGCCAACCAUCGGACUUGACCCCCCUGUACCUCAAAGAAAACCUCGGUGCGGUCUCUCUUGUUGAUUUGAAGAAGAUAUGUGCCUUAUCGGAGAUUAUAAUCCACGAAAGGUUUACCGAAAACAAAGGGGUCAUACUAGAAUCAAUUGCCCAGCACUAUUCCCUGGUGGUGGAUGUGGCCUCAGAACUACAAGCCUACCCCAUCUAUCCCUCAGAGACAAGCGUUUUCGAGUUGUAUUCCACCUCCGAGCUUGCCAAAGGAGUCACACCGGUACCUCUGUUAGCAACACAAUACCUUUCCACGUCUGAUUUUUUGUACCGCAACAUGCGCCUCCUCUCCAUUGAAUCUCGGUACCGUAUGUCUGAGACCCUCUCCAAGACGCUUAGUCGGUUGCAGUUGAAGACCAUGGACGCACUGGGGAAUUUCAAGGGCCAGUCAAAGCGAAUUGCGCGCGUCACCAAUCUUACUCUCAAGAACGAAACGUUACCAAAGCUACUGGGUAAGAGCCCGACCGUCCCAGAAAACAUUUUUGCCGAACUCACAGUUGACUUUACUAAAACCAAGUCAAGGUGGGAAAUGAAAACGGGUGAGAUGAUAUACUUGCUUGCGUUGGAUAGACCAAUAGAGUCACAGUAUGCGGAACGCAACUUGCGGCUUGGGUUGAAGACAUUCCGCGCAGCCACGAUCAAGAGCGUUGCCCACCAGAAACAACAGAACGUGAAGGUUUUGAACAUUGACAUUGACCCCGUGCAAUUUUCUGCAGACAGAGGCGCAUACAAGGAUAUCAACUACGUUUUCCGGUCGGACUCCGAGGAGGAUUCCAAGAUUAUUGCGGAGUUGAUGGCUAUUCAAACCGGCGAGGACACCAGCGGGUUGUGCGAUUGGUUCAGCAGUCUCUUUUUGGGCUUUUCCAACAGAAUGCCGUCUCCGGGAGCAGCAAGGUGGGUCAAGUACCACUCUACAUUUGCGUCGAUGAAGGAUGUGGAGGAAUCAUUCCAAGACUAUGCGCUUGUGUUAGACAGUGAAUUACCCUCUAAGAGACAGAAAACAGGGUCAAUGCCUCGUGAUAUCAUUUCCCCGCCAUAUGUGCUUAAAGUGUCACACGAAGAAAAGACGGUGGGAGUUCAGUCGUAUGUUGAAAGUGUUUUAGAGAAGAAGCCGCCUACCGUUAUGCGUUACAACGCGCAGCGGAAGGCCAUUGUUGCAGGCUCCACUAAGGGCCUUACCUUGAUUGAAGGGGGCCCAGGCACUGGAAAAACAUCUACUGUUGCUCCUAUCGUCUACACAUCAUUUUUGAACAACCAGAACCACGCGACGUUGAUUGUGACAAAGUCGCAGAGGACGCUUAACCGUAUUUUCUUUGACUUAGAGGCACUGGGUAUGGAUGGACGCUUCGUAUUGAAGAUUGACGACGGCCUUUCCGCGGCUGGGAAGUUUGGUUCUGUGGAGUACGUUGCCAAUUCGGUUCACAGGUUGCUUGCAGAAGUUCAGAGACUCGCAGAGUCGCUACAAGUGGAUGGUGCUCACGGUAAUUCUUGCGAAUCCGCGGGUUAUUUCUACGAUACACAUGUCAAACCUGCGUGGCAGCGGUUCUUGGCUCAGCUCAAGGAAAGAGAGAAAUCCCCCUCGGUGGUUUUUGAAGAGUUUCCGUUCAAGUCUUUUUUUCCUGAGUAUUUGGCUACCAAAAAGGGGUACGCCCUGUCGCUCAGAAUCGUUGUUGAAUGCUACAGAAAACUCAACGAUCUCUUUGACUCUGUGGCCAACGGUGGCGUUUUCCAAACCUUGACUUCCCGUGAGGGCAGGGUUGAGUAUAUGACGAAUCAAGCCCGGGUGGUUGGUGUUUCCAUGGAUAUGUUCCUUCAGAACCAAGGUCUCUUGAGGGGGUCUACCUCAAAUUUUAACAGUAUCAUCAUUGAUGAAUCCACUCAGAUGUCAGAGCUUGAACAUUACUUCGUUCUCUCCCUCAACAAGAACCCGGAUGCCUUACAGAGUAUUGUUUUGCUCGGUGACACGGUAUCACAGAGACCCUCCUUCUACAGCUCAGUUGUAAAGACUACUGGCCAUUUGGACCAAUCUUUAAUGUCCAGGUUCAUCCGCAAUGGUGUCGUCAGCCUCAAAUUUACUCACCAGCUCCGCGCGCGUUCUCAAAUCUCCGACUCAUACGCUGAGGUUUACGGAGGGUUUCAGGCAAGGAAGGAAGUCUCCGCGACCAACCCUGGCUUCGCUUCAGUGUCCCAAUUUAUCGAUGUGGGCGAAUUCAACGGACAGGGCGAGUCGGAGCCUCAGCCAGAAUUUUAUCAGAAUAUUGGAGAAGCUGAAUAUGCGGUCGCGAUGUAUCAGUACAUGCGCUUGAUUGGAUAUCCGGCGGAAAAGAUUACAAUCUUGACCCCGUACGUUGGCCAAGUGCUUAUUAUUGAGGAGAUUUUAGCUCGGAGAUGUGGGAAGCGAGUGAUCCAGACGGAGGCAACCUCAGAUUUUGAGUUUGACUGGCCUACUGUGAAAACGGUUAAGGGAUACCAAGACCUGGAUAACGAUUUUGUGAUCUUGUCGCUCGUGAGAACCAAGGCUAUGGUUAAUGAGGAGGAAUAUUUCCGAUCGGUACUCACUGGGAUCGGUAGGGCAAGGACUGGCUUAUACGUGCUAGGAAGCACGCAGCUUCGCAGUGCCUUAAACCAAGAGCUGAACUUGAUGUCGAUUUUCAAGAGCUUCGGACCAAAACAUCGGUUGGGGUUGGUAUUGGGUGAAACAUGCAACUCGAGAAAGAAACGCGGUAAGAGCUGCAAGGUGACCACCAUGGAUGGGUUGGAGGAGUUUGGGCAGAUUGUGUACCAAAUGACCAGGGAGAGAGUUACCGAAGAGAAAGAUGUGUGACUUACAAGACAAGUAAUAAAAUAAAAUUCUGUUGCUAGAUACUCUAUGUCCAGUAAAGUGGUACCGAAGGUGCCCUAAAGCUUUGACAAGAAGCUCACAAUCUUUACUGAGCUAAAUCUCUCGUUGUACGUAGCUGGGUCUUCAAAGUCGAGGCCAAAAGUAUCGUGGGCUCCGAGGGGCUCGAUAAGCAAGUUAACCUGUUGACCGGCAAUGUUAACCCACUUGUGAAUGUCGUCCACCAUGACUUCGUCC